AAUUGCGGCGCCCUUUUCUUCUUUUCUCUGCAAUUCUCUUCGCUGGAUCUUCACAGUCAGCACGCAUGAUUGAGCUGUGCGCCGUAUUUUGAUGAGAUUAUGACUUUAUGGACAAUAUACGCUCACUGAGUGUUGGGCAGGCGUCUGGUUUACUUGCUCUUGGCACACAAAUUGCCACAUAUACGAUUCCUCUACUGGUAGGCCUGUUCCUCCUCAGAUAUCAUAAUAAAGAGGCCUCGGCUGCGACAUGGUCUGUCAUAGCUCGCCAGCUGCAUUCUUCGUCAUGGCCGUCGCUACUUCGCACAGACUCUGCUGCAGUAAGGAAUGUGGAAAGGCGCGUCACGAGCAUGGUCUUCACCGGUGGACUUCUUAGUUUACUCACUCUGGUUGCCGGUAUUGUCACACCUCUGGGCUUUCAUGAAGAAGUCCAGAUCGUUGGAAAUCAAACAGUCGAAUUUAGCUAUCUUCGCGAUGUAACGUCGUUCGGCAAAGCCACUCAACACCGACCAGAAAAACCGCUCUCCCGGGAUUGUGGAUCUCCAACUCAGGUUUGCCCUGGAGCGGCAAUCGAUGGUCCAAAUGUUACCGUUUCUGUGAGAGGGGGGGUCCUACAGGUCCAGCCCUCCACAGCAGAUAUUCCGCAGGAUAUCUGGAGAUUCUUCACAAGCUACUCAAAAGUGUCGACCGUGGCUAGCAUCUUCGAUCUCCAGUACAGAUUUUGGAAACGAUCCUUCUCCGCAAAUAUCGACUCCAAUCAACCUUAUGUGUCUGGCUUAUACCGACAGGUCAACAAUCUUAUUCCGCUUGGCUAUGGCACUAUGCUCAUUGAAGGCAACGUCGUGGAUAUGGAGCACGGCGGGAUCGGAUAUCGCAAUCACUCGGCUCCAGAGGUGUCAGCUACUUGGGAGGAAGACAUUCUCUGGGUAGCACCAGAUCUGUCUUGUGCCAGUACAAACCUGUCUUUCGAAAUGACCCUUCAACCUGGGGAUGACCCUGAUGAUUUUCCGUUGACCGAUGUGGAACUCGUCGAUGACGGUGGCUUUUCGAACAUGUGGUCUGGGGAUUUGAAGUCCAUCUCCCAAGGUAUCGAGAGUUUGGACGUUCAAACACGCGCGACCGAAGUUGCCCAAGUUCAAAACAAACUGCUUAGUAUGAUAUUCAACAUCACAGAUCCAACAACCAGCGGACGAUAUCCCCUCGACCUCCAAGCCAUGAACAGCAGUCUCAGCACCCUGCUAUUCCCUCUUAAGCCGACAAGCACCAGUCUAGACGUGUCUUGGUAUGGCUUACCUAUAGUAACCAUGAAUACAGAUGGUUCAUUAAACACACCAACUGGCCGACUUGAUAUCGCUGAGCAAUAUCCGUACCAAUACGCCGCCUACCUCCUCACCCAGCUCCAGCAUUUUUGCACUGGCGGCGCCAGCGACCAAAGCACCUUCGACGGCACGCCCACUAUGGCAUGCAGCUACUUCCUCAGUUCACCGUAUCGCAUCGACUCCGGAUCUGUACUUGAGGAAGAAGCGGGCUCUCGGUGGAAAACUAGCAUCCGCAUCUGCGCAGGCACCGUCCGCGCCUCUGUCAAGACCAUCUCUUACACCCACAAUUCCUCUGCUACCCCAUCCCUGGAUAACACUAAAGUCACGGCGCUUAGAGACAAAUCUUAUGCCAGCGAAUCCGAGUAUCCUCUUUGGGCAACUGAAGACUGGCGUUCUCCGGGCAAAGAGUCAGCGCUAUCAACCCCCUUAUGGGGCCUCGUCUCGCCUGCGGAAGCAGACACACCAGGCUAUACAUAUGUUCGUGCACCGACAUUCCUCCUCCCACCAUCUUCGCCCGCACGCUGGCAAAUGACUGCGACAGGCUCCGGGCGCGCAGAUGUCAACCUCAAAGACAUGUUAGCAGGCACAAUCGCACCGCGAGGUGUUCUGACCCAAGUUCUCACAUCCGCAUUUGCCACGGACCAGAUGUGGCUGCCAAAUUACUCGGGCCUACAUUGUCUUGCUUUACGAAGCAAGUGGGCGGAGAUGAGCAAGACCGCCGAGGGCAGUGCUGAUAUACUAAGCUUGGUAUGGACCGACAUCAUGGCGAGUGUGACGGUAGGGACCAAAAUGCAUCCGUCGAUGGAGGAGAUCGGCCAGGAUUCUUUGACACACCAGACGUAUGUCCAAGUCCGCGCUCCUCGUUUGUCUUUUCACGCUGUCUAUGCCAUUCCCGGCAUUGUUCUUCUCGUGCUCUACACGCUCCUUGCCAUUUUCUCGCUCCCGGUAAUAUUCUCCAAUCGCCCCUUUGCGUUUACCAUGCGAUGUCUUCUGAACAACACCUCGCUCGGACGGAAUGCUGCUGUGGCACAGGAGCAGACGCGCGCGCCGGGCAACUUUCAUGCACGGGCGCAUGCUUAUGUAAGUACUUGGGAGUGGCUGCGCAAGGUGGGCACACUAAAGAUGAGGAUUGGCGAGGAGGUUGUGCCAUAUAUGAGGGGAGCAGUUGGUGGGUAUACCGGCUGGCCCGGAUAUGGGGGAGGAGAGUGGUAUGAAAAUGGCACUGGACCUGGAAUUCAUGUGUGGGCAAGAGAAGGAAGCGAAAGCUUUGUGGAAGUAGCUAGAGAGGAUAAGACUUGAACUGUCUUUUUGUUAACAUCUAUAUAGCGACGUCAUUUUCCGAUACCACUGCCUAUCAAGUCUUACUAGAUUUCUACCCCAAAUUAUGGGUUGAACUACGAUUACGUAUGACUCUAUGGGCCUCAACCAGCGCGCGAGUUGGGCAGAGACCCCCAACCUUUGCGGUCCCCUCACCAGCCAGC